CUUUUUUUUUUCUUUCUUUUUGCCCCUCUAUUGGUAUUGAGCUUCAUCUCUUGGAGCUCCGACCUCCUCCUUGCACCCGACCGCCCGCGCCCCGCCUGCCGCCUCCAACCCUAUAUCCCUGCGCCUCCGUCGGCCGCUGCCCGCCUGAGCCUCCGCCCCACGCCGUGCCGUCGCCUGCCCCUUGACUCCCCCGGACCCCUGCGGGGAGCUGGCCUGCUGGGGACGACUCCGCAGCCCCGCACCCAGCGGUCACCGUCCUGCUCCCACCGCCUCCCGCCCGCCGCCCCGAGCGCGCGCACCUCGAGCGGCAGGGGGCACGAGCACUAGCCGCAGCAGGCCAGCAGCCAUUCCGGGUUCCGGCAUCUAGCAUCCCCAGUUCUCGAAUCUCCACUGCCCAAUUGCAAUCCCCUCCCCCUCACUGGUGCAUCAAAGAUGCCGCAGGUAAUGGUGGUGGCGCGGAACUUCAUGGAUAUGGUGGCUGCGCUGCCUGCCUCCAAGCUUGAUAUGCUCUAUGACUCGGCCUUCAUCUGUGAGGCUGUACUCAGGUCACUCCCACCAUUGGCAAAGAAAUAUGCACUGCAGAUGCUGUACGUGUUGGCACCGGUGACCGCUGCAGCUAUGGAAGAGUGGGUGCUCAAUGAAUAUGCUGCCAAGCAUAGGGUUGCCAUUGAUAAGCUGCUCCAACUCAGGGUCUUCGUUGAAGUGCGCGAUAGACGAAAGGAGGUGAGCUACAAGAUGAAUCAAAAGUUCCAGAGUAACAUGCAGAAGUAUUUGGUUGACGGUGGAAGUUUACCAAGGGAACCGAUACCAUUAAGUGUUACUGGUAGAUUGCCUGCAUCAGCAGAUCUGGAAGCCUAUGCUCUUGAUCAAUGGGAGUGCUUCUUGUUGCAAUUGAUCAAUUCAUCUCAAGUUGAAAAAGGGACGAGUUUCAGCUCCUCCAUGAUGAAGACAUUUCAGCGUGGCCUUCUGAGUUCAAGGGAUGGUGAAGCUCCAAAGUUGACUGAGAAUGGCUUCCAAUUUCUUCUGAUGGAAACAAAUGCACAACUUUGGUACAUAAUGAGAGAAUACAUUUCCUCUGCAGAGGAACGUGGAGUGGAUCCUACGGAGCUGAUAUCAUUUCUCUUGGAACUUAGUUUUCAUAAAUUGGGAGCGGCUUAUAGUUUGAACACUCUGACUGAUGUCCAAAGAAUUGCCAUCAGGGAUCUUGCAGAGUUGGGAUUAGUCAAGCUGCAGCAGGGUCGAAAGGAUAGCUGGUUCAUUCCCACCCAAUUGGCAACAAAUCUCUCAGCAAGCUUGUCAGAUUCAUCGUCUAGCAAAGAGGGCUUUGUGGUUGUGGAGACAAACUUUAGAAUGUAUGCAUACUCUACUUCCAAAUUGCACUGUGAGAUUCUGCGCCUUUUCUCAAGGGUGGAAUAUCAACUUCCAAACCUCAUCGUGGGAGCUAUUACAAAAGAAAGUAUUUAUGGUGCUUUUGAGAAUGGAAUAACUGCUGAACAGAUAAUUUCAUUUCUCAAGCAAAACGCUCACCCUCGUGUUGCCGACAAGAUACCUGCUGUCCCGGAGAAUGUCACAGAUCAGAUUAGGCUGUGGGAAACUGAUCUCAACAGGGUUGAGAUGAUUCCAUCACAUUUAUAUGAAGAUUUUCCUAGCAAGGAAUGGUUUGAACAAUGCUGUGAUCAUGCAAGGGAUCAUGGAUACUUGCUCUGGGAGGACUCGAAGAGGAUGAGGCUAAUUGUGCGAGGGGAGUUCCACCCUGAAAUGAGGGAGUUCCUCCGCAGGCAAAGAUGAAAAGGGACCAUGCGUUUGUUCUGGUACACUCCUUUAUGAUUGAAGGGAAGGGCCAUUUUGGAUAGAACAAACAAUCUGUGUGCAUAAAGCUCCUCUAUGCAAAUGCCUUCCAUUUAUACUAGUCUGCCAGCAAUUGUUCCAUUUGUUCCAGCAAUUGCGUCAACAGAUGGUUAGUUUAGAUUACUGAAAGUUCCAUUUGUAGUGAUGUGAUCAACGCGACAUUGUGAGUGGGUUGUGGUGAUACCGAGGGGCGGUCUCUAUUUUUUUUCUUCUUUGGUGUCUCUGAUGAUCCAGGGUGAGUAUCCUCAGCUGGUGGCUGCUGCUGUAAAAUCUCAAAUGACUCUGAACGAUAAAUAUUCAUUUUUUCGGUUUUCAUUUCUGUAGA